AUGUUCAUUACUACUUAGCCAUUCAUAUUAGAUGUCGAUUAUAAGGAUCCAAAUUAAGUAGAAAUUUUAAGGUAAUAGCUGGCUUAUUAAUAUGAAAAUUACUGCUAUGGAUCAAAAAAAAUAUCUUAGAAUACUAAGAAAUUAACUAAGCAAACUUAAAAUUCCAAUAUGAAUGCAAAGCAGGAAUUUAAUUUGGAUUAGAGUAGUUAAAAAAGAAUAAUAGGGAAAGAAAUAUAAAACUCAAUGUAAAAUGAUUAAAUUAAUGAAGCAAUUAACCACCACCAAACGUUAUAAUCUAAAAAUAAAAAUGGUGAAGUAAAUCAUUACUAAAUAGAAAUUUAAAAAAAUUCAUCAGCUAAAAAAAAGAGAAGUCCUUCUCCUACACUUAAUCAAAGUUAGACUAUUCCUAUAAACAUAUCAUAGAAAUAGUAUUAAAAUUCUGUUUAUUUAUCUCCUCUUUUACAAAAUUGUAUCGAAGAUGAAAUUGUUUCUUAAGAGCAAUAAAGAUAUUCUUCUGUUCCUUCAAAAAAAUAUUUUGAAGUGUGUGACUACAGUAAGGAUAAGCUUUAAAAAAUUUAUGGCAUUACUGGAAAUUUUGAAAUGAGUAAACUUUAUGAGAGAAAAGAGUCUCCCAAAAGGAAUUUAAGCCAAAUAAGUUACUAAGUUAGUACAGCUGAAAAAAAUUAAAAUUAAUUAAGCUAACUAUAUGAUGUUGAAAUAAAGUAAACUGAUAAAAAAAAUGCAGAGAAAAAUGCAUCAUUUUUAAUAGCUUCUAAUGUAACAUCAAUAAACUAAGUCUCCCAUGAAAAGCUAAAUUCCUAACACUAAUCGCUAACUGCUCCACCAAAAACAUAAAAUAAUUCAUAGAGAAAUAGUAUUUCUAUUCAGCUAGAAAAACCGAAGCUCAAUUCACAAAAGAACUCUCAAGAAGAUUUAUAAGAAGUAAAAAAAAAAAUUGAUUAUACUGAGCAGUAUGAUACAGGAAAGGGAAGAAAUAGUGUACAAGUUAUGAAACCUAAUAAUAUAUCUUCCUAUAGUUCUAAUACUUAUUGGUCUGUUUCUCAGAAAAGAAAUAGCACUGGCUUCAUCAGCUAAGUGUAGACAAUAAAAAAUUCAAACGAAGAUAAUUUUUAAUUUACAACUGACUAAAGACAUACCCACCAGUAAAUAAAAAAUUCUGGUAUUUAUUUAAGAAAUAAACCUGAGUAUUUAAGCGACCCAAGGUAUAAGUUAAUAGAGAAUCUUAAUAAAGUUAGCUAAACUGUUAACAUUUAAAAUAUUAACAACCAUUCUGUUAGAUAAGAUAAGAAAAAAAAAUCAGAUAUGUCCAGAGUUAUUCCCUAUUUUCAUAAUUUCAUAGACAGUUACAAGGAAUCUUUUUAUCAUCCUUAGACGAGUUUUGAAAAUAAAUAUAAAAUUUACAAUCCAAGGAAGUCUUAAGAGUUAUAAAAGCUUCCCCAUAAUGAUUAUUCUAAAUAAUCCUUCACUACUCCAAGAAAUGCAAAUAAAAUAAAUUUAAAUCAAAAAGAUGAAAUAAAUCCACUUGUAACUCCUUUUUGUGAAACAAGUUAUGUAGAUGAAGACUUAUGCAAAAUAAAAUAUGCCAAAAAAUUAAACUAAAUAAGUUAGGAAACAUAAGAGAAUCAUGAUGAUGACGAUGAUUAGUAAAUUUAUCAAGGUAGCAAGAACAGAUAUAAUUGUCUAUAUUUAAAUAGAAAUUUGAGAGUAAGAAUAUCUAGGAAUUAAUCACCAAAUAGAAAGAAAAAUAAUUUAGUCAAUUAGUCUGUAGACAGUAGCUUAAACUCUAAAAAAAACUCUAUUCAAUUUGAGGACCCCAGAAAAGAAUAUAGAAAUAAAUAGAAAAGAUUAGAAUAAAUGUUAAAUGUAGCAUCAAAUAAUUAGCAGAUUUAAUAAUAGUAAGAAAAUAAUUCUUCAGAUAGAUAUACUCCUUCUCAAGACUCUGUUUAUCUCAAAAAAUCAAGAAAUUACAGUACACCUUACAGAAAUAGCUACUUACCUUAAAAUUACUAACAAAACUAGACAAACGAUUAUACUCUGAAUGCAUUUGUAUUUAAAAAUUCAUCUAAUACUUCAUAAAAAUGA